CUGGGAACGAGGUUCACAAUGUUUACGGGGAAGUUGAUGAGGUUUUGAUGUCGACAUUGACACGGACACAGGCGGCCGCGGUGGAGCGGCGCGUGUCCAACCUGAACCAGACGCUGCGGAUGAAGGGCCGGGCACAGCCGCGUGACGUCAGGGACAUCUUCCAACCACCUGCCUCACCUACCAGUCCCACAAUGCCUCAGGAGGACUCCCACAGGGGUGCCGAGGGAAGGGAGAUCAUUCCCAGUCCCUUCCUUCCCGGAGGCCAGCACAGAGAAAUCAUCCCCAGCCCCCCUCGCAGCAUCAGCCCCCCUCCCCCCUCCCCUGCGGAGGACAGCAGACACCCCCCUGUCCGGCGGAGAGUCUCUUCUUCCUCUUCUGUCAACUCUGGAGUCACAGACGCUGCCUCUGGUGUUCGAACCAUGAGUGUUCAAGCCAGGCCUCAAGGAAGUCACAAGGAACUUUCAAGAAAAGUGUCUAACCAGGAACUUGUGUCAGAUACGGAUAUAUCCUUAGAUUUUUCUUCAGAUGCAAAACUGGAAGUUGGGGCGAAGUCUGAUGAUGAGUACAGUGCAGAUCAGUUACCGAAUUUUACUCUAGUGAAAGAUAAACUUGGAGUGACCAAAGUCGGUGACCUGUCUGAGAUGGACAUGAAGAAAGUCCGCUCGUUAGCGCUGAUUGAACUGACCGCUCUGUUCGACACACACAACAUCGAACUCAAGAGAAGACGGCCAGGCAAGAUCAAGUUGAAAGAAACGGGAGUGUUUAGUGUCCCACUGGAGGUUCUGGUAGAACAAGACCAGAAGAAAAGAGCUGGAAUCAAGACUCCUCUCAUAUUACAAUCUAUCAUUCUGUUCCUGGAGGAAAAUGCCUUAGUCAUUGAGGGGAUCCUGAGAGUCCCUGGGUCGGCAGCUAGAAUAAAAAAUCUCAGGAAAGACAUAGAGGAGAGGUUUAACCAGGGAGACUUCACGUGGGACAGGGUACGGCCCAACGACGUCGCCGCGCUGCUCAAACAGUUCCUACGUGAGCUGCCCAACCCCCUGCUAACGUAUGAAUACCUGUCUGCCUUCGCAUCUGUGGAACAUAUCCCUGACAGGAGGCAACAGCUACAAGCACUCAACCUGCUCAUCCUGCUGUUACCUACUGUACAUAGAGACUCCCUCAAGUUGUUGCUGAAGUUCUUGUCCAAAGUGGUGUCUAAAGAGAAAGAGAACAAGAUGAACAUCAACAAUGUGGCCAUGAUCAUGGCGCCCAACAUGUUUCUGGUCAAGUCCGGAUCAAAGAACGUCAACUUCAACGAAGUCAAGAUGGCGGCUGGGACGUCGGAGAUUGUCAGAAUGUUGAUCAAGUACCACAAGAUUCUAUGGACAGUGCCUUCCUUUAUGGUGAUGCAGGUUCGUCACUUGUACCAGGUGGAAAGUAGGAAAACAAAGGACUCCAAAGGGCUGAUGAAGAUUUUGGGCAGACAUCACAAAGAGAAGAAAACUACCCUUCCCCCUGCUGGCCAGGAGGAUCUGUUGCCUGAAGGUGUGAUACGUGUGGAGGCUCCGGACCUGCCUAAGACAGCCAUGGUUCUGGACCUGGACCCACAGCUGACAGCAGGAGAUGUCGUCAGAAGGUUCAGAGGAAGAUCUGCUAGCCAAGAAAAUUCACACGAGCCUGGGAAUGCACCGCCAGGCUGUAUCAACCCGCCACACUCCGCUGUGUACGCCAGAAACAACACGUACCUGUACGAGAGAGGUGGAAACAUUGGUGAACGAUGUUUGGACAUGGACACCAACAUAGCGACCUUAGUGAAGGUCAACCCACAUGCGAAAUGGGUCAUCAAACCAAAAACUCAUUAAGUGUCCUUCCUGACUACCUAGUAUAUACUAGAUUCAAGUUUGUCUUUUGGUUUGAACUUCUGUCUUUAGUAAAUGUACUGAAUGUCAUCAUAAGACGAAAUUUGUGUUCAAAUUUAAAGUAAUCUGCCUUGAUGUUAAAUUAUAUACAGUUUAUUUUGUAAUACAUUUU